AUGUCUCAACCUCAACAACAACAACAGCAGCAGCAACAACAACAACCCAUCAUGGAUGCUGAUACAAUGUUGGAUGUAUACAUUCUUGAUUAUCUUGCAAAGAGGAAAUUUGUUGCUUCAAAAAAGGCAUUUGAAGAUGAAGCGAAAGUACCCAUCAACGUUCGUGCGGUUGAUGCUCCACGUGGUUUCCUCUUCGAAUGGUGGACUGUCUUCUGGGAUACUUUUAUUUCUAGGUACAAACGUCACCAAGGCUCCGUGGAGCCUUGCAAUGAGGCUAUUAGAGUACCACAGCAACAGCAACAAGGAGGUCAACAUCAAAGUCAAAGCAUCAACGCGAACAAUGCUAUUACUGGGAAAAACCUUUGGAUUGCCGAUGCGCUGACCCCUAUGAAGCAACCCGUUCCAAAGCAAUGGUAUGGAGACAAUGUGGGCAUAGUUAUGAAUCCCAAUAAUUCAAUGAAUCACCUGCAAAUCGAACAUCAGAAGCAAGCUUUGGCGCCCGUACAUGACAUCAAUAGUCUUGCAAGUUCCUUUAUCAAUCCAAGUGCUCAAGGUCCUGAGGGUUUGGCUGGUGGAGCUCAUGCAACCGGAGUCUUAACAAAUUUGCCUUUGAAGGGAUGGCCAUUAACGGGACUCGACCAAAUUCAGACUCGACUUCAGCAGCAACAGGGUAUUAUGGUACAGCCGCCUCAACCAUCCUUUCACCGUCAAAUGGAGGGGAAAGUUCAGCCUCCGGUUGAAAGAAAGAGAAAACAGCCGUUGAUGUCUCCAGGUGUUGCCAAUAGCUCUGGAACUGCAAAUGCUAUCGGGGUAUUCUCAAGUUCAGCAGGAGAAAUGGUGUCGAUGCCUAACUCUCCGCAUAACGAUAAGAUCAAUAUAGACGAUUUCUUGAAUUAUGGAGCGUUGGAUGGCAACGACAACUCCUUGUUAUCUCAUGCCGGUACUGAGCAUGAUGUAGACGCCUCGAAUGGUUUCACGUUUUUGGAAGUUGGAAGCGUUCAAGCAACUAGUGUCAGUUGUUGUCAGAUCUCAUCCGAUGGGAAAUUGGUUGCGAUCGGCGGACAAGACAAAAAGGCUAGUUUGUGGUGCACAAACUCGCGAGAAAUUAAAGCUACGUUUGAUGGACACUCGCAAGCGAUAACCGAUAUUCGUUUUAGUCCAUCCAUGCUACGGAUUGCUACAUCUUCUCUCGACAAGACUGUCCGUAUUUGGGACAUUGAAAAUCCGGGAUGUGCGGUUAGGACAUUCACAGGACACACUACGUCUGUUAUGUCGAUUGAUUUUCACCCCAAAAAGGACCUUAUUUGUUCGUGUGACGAGAAUGAGAUUCGUUACUGGGCCAUCAAGAAUGCCGGUUGUGUUAAAGUGGCCAAGGGCGGUGCAAACUUGGUUAGAUUUCAAUCCGGUGUCGCGAAGCAUAUUGCAGUCGUUGUUGGAAAGACUGUAUCUAUAAUGGAUAUGGAUUUUUCUCAACCUCGUAAGCAUGUCCUAAAGGGGCAUGCAUCGAAUGUGCAGUCGAUAUGUUGGGAUUCUUCGGGUGAGCGUCUGAUAUCAGUGAGCGAAGAUUUGGUAAAAGUGUGGAGAGUGGAUUCCAUGGGGAAAGCGAAUUGCGUUCACGAGUUAAGUGUCACUGGAAAGAGAUUCCGUUGUGGGAUUUUCCAUCCGUGCUAUCCUUCUCUACUCGUAAUCGGGUGCUAUCAGAGUAUGGAGUUAUGGAACAUGGCAGAGAACAAGAUGAUGAUGCCGAUCGAAGAACCUGUUUCUGCGCUUGCUGUAUCGACUACGUCUGGUUUGAUAGCUUCGGCCGGUCACAAUGAUAACGUUGUUAAGCUUUGGAAGUAGUUUACACGUCUAAUGGUAUUUUUCUAUUCGGCCUACGAGAUUUUUGAUGCAAUAAGUCAUCGCGAUGUUUUACCUGAAAGGAACAGGUUAGGGAACGGUUUUCUUCGAUGUAUAUACAUAGGUUUCGUCGUUACAUCUUGGAUCUUUACGGUUAAUCGAAGCUUUCUGUUGC